GUCGAUUAAGAAAAACAUUAUCAUUGAUAUUUGAUAAGAAUUAUAGUUUUUUAAGUCAAGAUUUAGUCAAUGUCAUUGUUAUAUCGUCAAAUGAUAAAAUAAAAUUAACCAAACAAGAAUUGUUGAAUCGAGCAUUAAAAUUAGAAACAGAAAAACAUUUUGCAUUUAGUUUAUCGUUAUUAGUUAAUAGAAUGAAACCAGAAGAAAAUUGGGAUACAAAUGUUCAAAUAUUUACAGAUCAGAAUCUGGAAUCAGUGCAAGUAGAUGAGCAAUUAAGUUUGAAACAAUUUAUAGAAAAUGUGUAA